AUGGCUUUCGUAUUUUUAAGGUUUCAGCCUAUUCAUGUUAAAUUUUUUCAAAAGAAAAGAUUUUUGCAACAGCGCUUAAACUUGAUACUGUCAACCGUUUUAACUUUUUUUGUCAACCAUUUCACUUAUUCAACCAUUUCAACUUAUUCUACCAUUUCAACUCAUUACCAAACAACUCGUCAUUGGAUUAUGGAAGAAGCUCAAGAUCAAGAGUCUCUCAGACCCAAUAGAAACUGUUUUAAACAAUUAAUUGAAGUUAUAAAUAGAGAUAAUAAUGCUCAUAGAUAUUUUAUAAGUGCAGAUUUAUUAAUAGUUGGUUUGUGUGUUUUUGCCUAUAUUUUAACAAUUGUUGCAACUAAGACUCACUUCAUCGGAACAGAUACUAGUCUUUAUAUUACGAGAGGAAUAUUUAUAUUUACACUUCUUGCAGGUGGUUUUCUUUACAUAUUAAGCACUUACGCGAUGGAAGACAGGCUAGCUAAAAUUGAACAUGAUAUACAUGAAAUCAACCAUGAUAAUAAUCAAGAGUAA